UUCUCCAUUCUACAUAAAACCACGCCAUUCAAAAGUUAACUAAAUCUUAAGAAAGUGCGCAAUGUUUCGUGUGCACUGCAACAAGUGUUCGAAGAGACGAGAUAUCGAGCCGACCAUUCCAUUCCAAUUGACGCGAUGUCAUCACAUUAUCUGCGGCACCUGCCUCGCAGGCUAUGCUGCCGAAAAGAAGUGCCCAAUGUGCGGGCACCAACUGCAGACAAUCAACAUUAGUCGGGACAUGCCCAUCAGUGUGGCUAACUACUUUCAGGAUCCCACCAAAUUUCUCCAGCUCUACCGGAAGAUAAGCAAGUUCCAGAGCGAGCAAAGAGCAUUCGACAACCUUCAUUUCUUGCGCAGAGAGGAGCGAUAUAACGACUUGCAUCUGAAGCUGGACGGCUACACCAAAAUGGAGGCUCAGCUGAAUCAGCAAACAAAGGUGGAGAAGAAACGCAUCGCCGAACUACGCGAGUACAUUGCAUUUCACGAACGUCCGGGGGUGGACAGCUUGGACGGCAGCUUAAGUUCAAGAGAAUACACUGCAGGCGGCAGUCGUAGCCGUAGCCGUCCCCGAACUCCCUCGGACCACACUACGUCAGAGACCACGCUAUCGGAUGACUUGUUGGAGAGUUUCUGCUUGGACUCGGAAGUAGACUUUGGAACAAAGAAAUCAAAGCAUAAUCCAAUGUCCACAUCGAUGCAUCGUUCAUCCAGCCAUAGCCAUGACCAAAAUAUUCAAAUGUAAUUUUAUAGAAGUGUAGUGUAUUCAUAGGUCGUUAGUCGGAAACAUUACAAAAUAUCAUCUCAUGCUCUGGAAAAUUUCUUAUGGGAUAAGCCAAGUGUUUUUGUGCUCUAAAUAUACUGUGCAGGAACGCUGCGGGCGUAGUCGACCUGGCGUGACAUUCGAUUAGGAGCAAUAUUUAUGGUUCCAAGCCAAUUUUAGAAGCCUUUCUACCGAUAUCAGAUGCGGUACUUCACAAGGCCUACGCGUACUACUCUUUGUGACUCUCCAACGAGAUGGGUUUAUGGCGGGGGGCGAAUGCGAGAUAGCUUUACUGCCCGAUUAAACAUCCAGAAACGUAAAUAAUAAUACGAGUAAUUCCGAAGUCCUAAUCAGAUAAUUGAGCGCUAAUUUUACAGUCCACAAUCUACACACAUAUGGAAAAUACACUUUUUAAUUACGAUAAUGGUUGCCAAGAGUAUUCCGCAAGUAUUCGAACGGAUUGUAUUGGAUUGUUGCUAUCACGCAGUUGUUGCAACAAAGACGGGGGCAGAGCCCCUGCACUGGGAAAGCAGGAAGGAAAAGUACCAUGACAGGUAAAAUCAAAACGAGAUGAUCCCCAGAGCAUUCUCACAGCCUCACUCCUUCGUUUAAACCCGCAACCGGCGUAUUGUUGGCACGUGGAUGAUAAGCGGAAAUUUACAUUUGUGGCUUGCGCGAAAUAAAAUAUGCAGACGGAAGGGCUAGCGAUGUGAGUCAGACGGUGCGGCAACCACCUGCUCGGCGACAAUAUAAACAACAUGCCCAUUUAGCAUGCAUUGGAUAGUCCACCCCGCACGACCCCACGUUCGCUACUAUAAAUAACGGCGCUUCUUCUGCCCACCUGCGUCACAGAGCACAUUACUUGAA